GUUUCUGGAGCAGAAGUUCUCCUCACAGAGAGAGGGACACAGCAGACGCAGGCACCAUGGAGCCCCCGUCAGGCCCUGCAAGCAGGCGGCAUGUCCCCUGGAACAGGCUCCUGCUGGCAGUCUCACUCUUAACUUUCCGGACCCCGCCCACCACUGCCCAGCUCACUGUUGAAACGGUGCCCCCCCUUGCUGCAGAAGGGUUGGAUGUUCUUCUACUUGCCCACAACGUGACAAAGAAUCCUCUAGGCUAUGCCUGGUACAGAGGAGAAAGGGUAGACAACGCCCAGCUAAUUGCAUCGUAUAGGGUAGAUAAUAAUGCAACUACCAAUGGGUCUGUAUACAGCAGACGGGAGACACUUUACCCCAACGGAACCCUGCUGAUCCAGAACGUCGCCCAGAAAGACACAGGAUCCUACACCCUGCUCGUUACAAAGAAGGAUUUACAGACAGAAAGACAGAUUGGACACCUCCACGUGCACCCGGUGCUACCCUCACCCGUCAUCACCAGCAACAACUCCAACCCCAGGGAGCACGAGGACACUGUGGUGUUAACAUGUGGAUCUGAGACCCAGAACACCUCCUACAUGUGGUGGAUCAAGAGUCAGAGCCUCCCCAAGAGCAUGAGGCUGGAACUGUCCGAGGACAAGAGGACUCUCACAGUAGUCACCGUGACAAGGAAUGACACAGGACCCUAUGUGUGUGAAGCCCGGAACCCAGUGAGUGUCAGCCGCAGUGACCCAUUCACCCUGGAUGUCCUCUGGAGAGAAAACAGCCGAGCCCUCAGUGUGGGGGCCAUUACUGGCAUCGUGAUUGGGGUCCUGCUUGUGCUGACGCCGCUGGCUGUCCUGGGGUGUUUCAUUUUCCUUCACAGAGGGAACUGGCCCCCAGCGUCCACCUCAGGACGUGGUCCCUCUGGCAGCUCUGUCUCCCAGGCCUCCCUACCUGAUGCCAGGGCACCAGCUCCCAUCUACCAGCUGAGUGAAUUAAUACGCCCGAACACAGAUGUUUACUGUCAUAUCAGCCACAAAGCAGAUGUGGGUCCUUAG